AUGAAACCAUGUUCAGAUGCAAAUAUUGCCAACUGUAAAACAAAAUACGAUUCCAGAUUUGCGACCGGUCUGAGUCGAUUAGCAGACUUCGCGGAUGAUACAAAAGAAGUUGUUACAGUUGGUAGAACACACUAUCAGUCGGCAUCGUUAGUGACUGUUGGCAAGCGUGCCACAAUAUGGGCACAGGAUCUCCUGGUUGCAUUCAAAGAGUUGGAAAGAUUUCGUGACGAGAUGCGUUUCCGUGGGGUUAAAGGUGCAACUGGAACACAGGAUUCAUUUAUGGCUCUGUUUCAUAACGAUGAACAGAAGGUUCUGGCAUUGGAUGACCUGGUUACGGCAAAAGCUGGUUUCGAUCAACACUUCAACGUCUCUGGACAAACUUAUCCCAGACAUCAGGAUUGUCUUUUAUUCAAUGCAUUCGCUUUACUUGGUGCGGCAAUGACGAAAGUUUGCAACGAUAUUCGUCUGCUGCAGGCAAUGGGUGAGAUAAUGGAACCGUUCGAGACGAGUCAAGUGGGCAGUUCGGCAAUGCCCUAUAAACGCAAUCCGAUGAAGAGUGAACGUGUUUGCAGUCUGUCACGUCGUCUCAUUACAACUUCACAAGACGCUUUGUUUACAUUCGCAUCGCAAGGUCUUGAAAGAACGUUGGACGAUUCGGCGAUACGUCGUAUUGAUAUUGCAGACUCGUUCCUGAUCGCAGACGCCAUCCUCACAACAUUUCAAAAUAUUGCCGAAGGAUUGAGCGUACAAUAUGAGCAUAUAGCACGUGUCGUGGACGAAGAGCUACCAUUUUUGGCACUCGAAAAAGCAAUGAUGUGGUUAACCGAGGAGGGUGCAGAUCGCCAGGUGGCUCAUGAGCGUAUCAGAGAGGUGGCGUUGGCAGCCAAAGAAGCGCAGAAAAUUUCUGCAGUUAGCAUCGAAAGUGUUCUUGCGGACUCAUUUUUCGAUAAGGUCGUCAUCCUUUCUCUCUUUCUAUUUUUUGAACUUCGUCCUUCGAUCGGAAAAUAUUUAUUGCCUGAGGAAUUGGACAAGAAAAUGAUAUUGGAUGUAUGA